GUUUGAUUUCUAACCGUCAGUUGCUAGCGAACGUUGGACUGGUUCAGACGUUCGUGUUCCUCCUCCAGACUCUUUUUUGGUUGCCAACAAACGUCGCGUGCAUUCUCUCUCGCCACUUUCUUCAACCACACCGAAAUUUUCUCGUGUGCUGCUGCUGUUUGUCGUUUAUUAUUUCCAAGCCAUUCGUCAUUUAAAAAAAACAAAAUGCAGCUCGUUCAAGUGCAGUCUUACGGAUUCCUGCCAGUUGUCGGUGGUGGUGGCCAUUCCUCGCCGUCCUCGCAGAUGGCCGUUACCGUGCGUGGGCGCGUCUCACCUGUACGACGCCAGUUGUUCGCCGCCGAUCCUGAAGGAGACGCCCAAGAGUUGGAACACCGGCGAUCGGUCCAGCGUCAGAUGGAUCAGCUCCAGCAAGAGAACAGCCGCAAAUGGAAUUUUGAUUUCAAGAACGAAGUGCCGCUGGGUGGACGUUACGUCUGGCAGUCGGCGACGCUUCCAUUCGAUGGACGCCCGUCUCACCCCCUGCCGCCGCUGACUGGAAUCAAACGCCCGAUCGAUAAUCAAGACUCGGCCAUGGCUGCACCACUCUUCAAACAAAUGAAGCACGAUUCCAUCAACAACAAUCAUCGCUCCGCUAACCAGACUAAAAUCACAGAUUUUAUGAAAAACACGAAGCUGAACGAGACCAAACGUCACGACGGUGGAUCGCGUCCGUCAACAUCCAACAACAACAACAACGGAGUGGGCCACUAAAAAAACAACAAACAAGCAAUUCUCAACUUCGUCGAGAUGGCAGUCGAAACCAAAGGACGAGAGGAUGCUUAUUUCGUCGAAUCAAGAAAAAAGAAUAUCCACUGCUACUGGAACCGAGAACAGACUUCCCCCAGUAACAAGAAAAUGUUGGCUGAAAAGUAGCUUUAUUAAAAUCGACACUUUUCUAUCCCUACCCCACCACCCUCACUCUCUCUCUCUCGCACCUCUCCCAUCAAAAUUAUCCGCAUCGCCGUGUGCGGAUUGCACUCUAGUCUUUGCCUUAUUGUCGGGCAAGAUUUUUCGUUUUUUCUCCCCAUCUUUUUUAUAAACUAAAACAAAAAAAUUCCUUUUUUUUUUAAAUAACAAAAUUUCCCAUCCCCCGUCUCGACGCGUGUGUGCCUCUGUGUGUGAAUGAUCUCAACAUGGAAUGAAUCUAAAUUAAUUUGGCCGUCAUUGCAAUCAAAAAUGUCAUCCGUCGGCCAAUGCAAUAGUGUGUUUGUGUGUGUGUGCCCCCAGUGUGUGUGUGUAAAACAAUUUCGAUUUAAUUCCCCUCCUCAUGAUUCCCCCCCACCCAUCUACACACCAGCCCAAUCCCGCAUAGUUCUCUAUAUAGUAUUCCUUUAUAUAGAGACACUCUAUCUUCUUAUAUACAUAAUAUAUAUGGAAAAUGUAUUUAAGAAAGCACGCGCAGAUCGCCUAUUUGUCUCGUCUCUCUCGUUCGUAUCUGUAUUUAUGAUGCAAAUAAAAUUAAAACAACGAA